AACAAACAAAUAAAUAAAUAAAUAAAUGAACAAAUAAGAGUGAUGGUAUUUUCUUGAGAAUUAGAAAAAUGGGUGAUCAAAUUGUACAUCUAGGCACAGUAACCUGGAUUUUUUUCGCAUAUGGCUGCGCAUAUAACCUAUAUCUUCUCUCCACAGCAAAUUUUUGCAAGUGUACAAUAAUUUAUGUCAUGAUGAGCAUUCAUUGGGUGCUGAAAGAUAAUAUAGGUUGUGCACGAAGGCCAUUCACACUAUAGAACUACCCUAGGCAGUAGGCGCUGCUCCUAGCCUCAUACUCUUCCUAACAAUAACCCUUUCUUUCUACGUACUAGUAACUUGUACUACCCCUCCCAAAUCGUCUUCUCUAAGUUCUCUUACCUAUUAAUGUGUUCCUAAGUGAUCACCAAACACCAAUCACACCGCUCCUCCAUGUUUUGCCUAAGCUCUCCUCCCUUAGCUCUCAAGGGGCAGCUAAAGCUCACCACCACCACCACCAGCACCAUUCUCCUGGUCUUCUUCCUCUUCACCCUGUACAUUACAUCAUGUGAAGCUCGACACCUUCGCGCCAACAGCAAGGGCUCGAGCAACAAGUAUACCUUGACAUCCAAGGAUAAGGCGGCAGAGGUCGGUGAUACUGAGAAGCAAAUCAGAACAGCGUCAAUGGUUCACGGUACGGGGAAGACCGGAGUCAUCGCUGGAAGCACCAUCGACCAAUCAAUGAGCACGGGAGCAACAUUGAUCAAUGGAUCAGGUAACUCUUCUCGUGGCUCUAACGGACAGCAACGAGGAUCAAAGGCGACCACAGCGUACACAGCAGGAACCCUAGUAGCUAUGGACUACCCAGUUGCACGCGCAGCACCAGCUGUUCACAACAGGUAGUGCAUGCAUAAAGCAAUGAGCACGGCUUACCUCUUGGCUUGAUCUUCCAUGGAUUGAAUGAGUUAUGAGUUCAGGCAUGGUUAACUGUCCAAGAUCAUCACCUGGCUCUCCUGAACUACCGACUUAGUACAUAAUGUGGUGUUGUAUAUAUAGGAUUAUUACAAAUAUGUAUGUACCAAUGGAUCACAAUAGUGUUAUGUCCUUAGUGUUGUUCAGCUAGAUUUACGCCCCUGCAAUGUGAGUUUUCCUGGUUAUGUUUUAUGAAUGGCACUAUAGAUGUUAGCCUUCGAGAGAUGCCACUACAAACACCACUGCUUCAAAGAGCUGGCAUUUCGCUGCUUA